AUGAUCUGGGACAGCGUCGUGAAUUUUUGCAAGUUCGUCCGCCUUUUGCCAAUCUUCAUUAGGUUCAACAAGAAGUUCCAUAAUCGAACUUUCGAUCGAGAAACCGAUCAUUUGACAGCUUACUACAUAUUACGUCAUUACAUUCGCUUGACAAAUGAUAUUCGUACAUUCAAUUAUCGUACUGCUCCAUCUGUUGCUUGCAGCAUAAAACAUUUAAAUAAAAAAUUAUCUUUGAAGCAAAUGUGCUCGGUAUUAUCGAAGAAAAAUAUCGAAGAAAAUGUUCAGGUAUCCGAGACGUUAAAUUCUUCCGAUACUUGUGAUUGCAAAGAUUUUGAAAAACCGGGAGAAACUGUAGUUAUUACCCGAAAAGGGGAUGAAUUACCUUCGAAUUAUCUUAAUCAGAGAAUUUUUGGAUUGUUAAUACCCGCGUUAAAAGAAACGCUUAUCGAGGCUUCCAAAUGGAAUGCUCUCAGGGUUCAGAAAUGUCGGUUCAACGGUCUCGAUUAUAUUUCGGAGAUUUUGUGGAAUCGGAACCCACGUCGGUCGCAGAUAUAUUUUCCGUCGUUAAAUGUAUUUGACAUACCGCCAUUUAGAGAAUAUUUGCGCCUUCAUCCUAGGCCCUAUUAUCCGAAAUCUUGGUUAUGGUCCGAGGAUGAAGCAGCAUUAUACAUACAAAGAUACGUUCGCGGCUGGUUCGUGAGAAAACGGGCAGACGUUCAGGAAAUGAGGCAAUUUUGGAAGAACGUCACUGGAAAAAAACUCUUUGGCAAACGGAAAAGUUGCGUCGUGCAUACGCAAUAUUUGGGUAAAAUACAGCACGGUACAAAACAGGAGAUAACCGACGAAGAUUUGGUUCGCUGUGAAAAGUAUCGUUCAAAGGCUGGCGAUCGCAAAACAAUACGAAAAUCGAAGAAGAAAAGCACACUUUAGAUGGAAGAUUCU